GAGCUUAGAGGUUCGCACCAACAUCACCAACAUCACCGUCGCACAGACUUCGGCUCUAGUGAACCCCGGAAAAGAUAGCCUCGCAACUCUUUUCGCAGCGGCAAUUGCCAAUCGCAAUUUCCCUUUAGUUAUAUUUUUUUCAAUAUUCCAAGAGAAGUUACUCCCCAAAUCAUCAGAUAUGAUAUUUAAAAGCUGAUAUCCUUCUGGUGUGCCCCCCAAUAUCACCACAUCCAACAUUCUCACCACCGCAAUCACACAAACAUGCCUACCUACCUCCUCCAUGGCUUCCGUUGGAAAAGAGAGAAUAUCCGUAUUUAUGUGAUUCUAAAUGAUAUCGAAGAUGCAGCUCCAGAAUGGUUAAUGGCGCCUCUGACCUCGAAUGCCCUCCUCAAUUCCUUUUACAAACAAUUCGAUUUUCUUCCACCAAGCAGUCCGGCUCCUAUUGAUAUUGCACCUACUCCCAGUCCCCCCACAGAAUGCACAACUCCCCAGCCGAAAUCUCCUAAAACCCUAACGAAGAAGAACAAAAACUCCAUGAUGUCUUUAAAGUCGUCACCUCACAAGAAGAAGUCCAGCUCAACAUUGAGAAAGGGCAAUUCAAACGGACAGAACAAUGCUAGUAAUUCGGGGUCGGAAACUUUACAUAGUAGAUCAGCAUCUGGAGCUACAAAUGCGAUCCCGAGAGAACAGCCACACAAUGGACUAGAAAAGCCAUUGCGGUUUAAUGAUUGGAGUGCGAUUAAAUUGGUCGAACAAUACGAUCCAGGGGAUUUGAAAACGACCAGUCAGCCGUGGGCCUAUGUGUCAGAUUACAUGGUUGAAAUUGGGCUGGGUGUUGAUAUAUGCGAAGAGAUGGAGAAGUAUAAAGCCAAUGUUGCAGAAGCAGAAGCAGAAGCAGAACCUGUGCCUCCUAAUUGCGAAGAAUUGGGAACGAGUCCAGAAGAAAUUAGCAAGAGGAACGAAAAAGCAGGAUGGCUUGAUAGAUUGAGGCAAAACUUGGAGGCAGAGGCAGUGUGCAAUUGGUAUGUGGUUGUCUGUGGGGAUGAGGAAAGAUGGGCUCCGGAUAUUGAUUUGUCAGAUGAAAUGCAGAGUGGUGACGAGACUGAAGUAGACGAUUCGCCAGUAAAAUUGUCCAGGAGGAAAAAGUUCAGGGAUUGGCUUAACAAGCAGAUAUCUCACCCAAAUGGUAUACCAGAUGGACAUGGUCCUUCGAAUGGUGUUCCGCAGCAUAUGGCGGGCACGAAUAUAAAGUAGUAAUGGCAACCAACA